AUGUUCUUCAAAGGAGUGGAUAUUGCUAUUGGCGAUGUUGUAUUCUUCAAAAAAGAAAAUAAAAGAAAGGGUAACGAUCAGUUUGAAGAAGCAGUUGCCGAUGUUGCACCUGAAGCUGUAAUACAUGUAGCAUUGCUAUGCGAGGACACAGGUCAAUGGGUGAUACAUGCGACCCAAGAAUCUGGCGUAUGCCAAGAACUUCUAAUGAAUGUACUAGAAAAGCUAUCUCCCGAGAGUUUCGAGGUGUAUAGAGCUCAAGUACCAGAAACAGUUCGUAUAAAUGUAUGUCAGUGGGCAAAAUCUAAAGUUGGUGCUAAUUAUAACGAUAUUUUCUCGUCUAAUAUGCGCAAUUCUAAGGGUAAUGAAGCAUUCUACUGUUGUCAGUUGGUAGUGAAAUCAUAUGAAGCUGCUGGCAUUUAUGAUUUCUGUCCAUCACAUCAAUUAAAUUUCAAAAAUUCAAAUGGAAAAGUUUUACCUUUUUGGGAGGAAUAUUAUCGUAUGCGAUCAUUACCGGUACCACAGGAUAUGCCUGGUUCGCAUCCUGCUAAAUUAAUCCAUUCUAAAUAUUUAAAACUUCAUUUCGCCAGAUUUUGCAUGCCAUCAGUGAAGUUCACCGUUCCCAAGACUAUCGAUGAUGCAUUACAUUUCAUACGUGGAGCUCGUGUGGCACUUACAGCAACCAAAUAUUUUGAUGUAUAUCAACCAAGAAAUGGUGAAAUAUUAGCACGAUGCAGCUGUGCCAGUGCUGAAGUGAUUGAUGAAGUGGUUAAGGAUGCCUCUAAAGCGCAGCAAUCCUGGGCAGCAUUAAAUGUUCAGCAACGUGGAGCAGUUCUACGCCAAGCAGCUUCUAUCAUACGCAAUGUUGAAGACCAAUUAGCAUAUUUGGAAACAGUUGAUUGCGGUAAACCAAUUGAAGAAUCACGAUGGGAUAUGGCUAAUUCUGCGGAUACUUUUGAAUUCUUCGGCGGUGCUUUGCAUAAUAUUGCUGGCAAUCACUUCCCAUUAAGUAAUGAUAAUUACGCGUAUACAGAACGUGUGCCAUGGGGCAUUGUUGGUGCAAUUGGUGUUUGGAAUUAUCCGAUGCAAACUGCAUCAUGGAAAAUUGCACCAGCAUUAAUGUGUGGUAAUGCUGUGAUCUAUAAGCCAUCACCUUUUGCACCCGUAACUUCUGUACUACUGGCUCAAAUCCUUCAAGCUGCUGGUCUUCCUGAUGGUGUACUAUCCAUUUUACAGGGUGAAGAUGAAACAGGACAGGCGAUUUGCGAACAUAAAAGCAUUAAUAAGAUCUCAUUUACCGGUAGCACCUCAACUGGAUCUAAAAUCCUAACAUCAUGUAGUUUGUUGGGUCGAAUAAAACCAGUAACAUUGGAAUUGGGUGGAAAAAGUGCGAUGAUCGUUUGUGAAGAUGCUGAUAUCGAUGUCGCUGUCACGGGCGCCUUCAUGGCCAAUUUUUUUACUCAAGGUGAGGUAUGUUCAAAUGCAUCAAAAAUCCUCGUGCAUAUGUCAUGUUACAAUGAAUUUCGACAAAAAGUUGUGAAACAAACGAAAAAUUUGGUGAUCGGUGAUCCGUUAUUGAAGGAGACAAAAAUAGGUGCAACAAUCUCCCGUGAACAUUUGAACAAAGUCAAAGCUUAUAUUAAUGAAGCUGUGCAGCAGGGUGCCAAGUUAUUAUGUGGCGGUGACGAGGUAAAAGUUAAAGGUCUCGAAGAUGGCUAUUAUUUAUCGCCUGCUGUUUUGGAUUCCAUAACCGAGCAAAUGAGAAUUUAUAAAGAAGAAGUCUUUGGAGCUGCUAUGUUAAUCAUUCCAUUUUGGAACAAUGAGGAUGCUAUCCAUAUGGCAAAUGAUACGCCUUACGGGCUCGCCGCUGGUGUUUUUACAAGGAAUUUACAUCUGGCAUAUUCAAUGGCUUCAAAACUUCAUGCGGGCAACAUUUAUGUAAAUACAUUCAAUAUUACAAACCCAAUGAUACCUUUUGGUGGUAUGAAACAAUCAGGUUUUGGACGUGAAAAUGGUAUCGCGGCUCUGGAAGCUUUUUCACAAGUGAAAAGCGUAUUUGUCAACGCAUCGGAGAAGUUGGAUAAUCCAUUCCUGUAG